UCCCACCAGCUGUGUGGCCUCAGGCACCUGCCGGGGGCUCCGCUCUAGAGCUCCUUACUGGUCACAGAGACGACAGCAGCCCCUGCCCCACAGGGCUGCUGGGAGAUGGAAGGAGGAAACACUUCAAGGUACAAAACUCAGAGCUGUGCUGGAACCCAGAGGCCACCGGAUGAGGGGCAGCUGUUCUUACUCUCCAGUGGCCCAAGAUUCUCAAAUGCAGGAGACUCUUCCUCCGGAACCCUUCACUGUUGCCCCCAGCCGUCCACCCUGCCAGUCCAGCCCCUGGCAGCUCCCCUGGCUGUGCCUCUUCCCAGCCCUGGGUCCCAUCUUAGGUCAUGACCCUGCAUGCCCUCUGCAUCCCCUCCAGGUGGCGAGCCCCACGGAGCCAGGGCUGCUCUGUCCGUGAAUCUCCAGCACCUUGUGGAGUGCUGGCACCAAGUAGGUGCUCACUAAGUAUCUGUUAAACUCUUUAACAACAACCAUAAAAUGGUCUCUAGUAAGUCUAGGGGCGGCCACCCUUUCUUUGAGCAUUUCCGUUCCCCCGAGCACCACGCCAAGGCACUCCAUAGAUAGAACCACCAGCCCUCGCCAUGGUCCACAGGGGGAUGGGAUUUGCUCUGAUUUUUUAGAAGGAGAGGAAAAGUGAAUGGGUCUAAGUAGGCCACAAGUGGUUGUGCCAGCAUUUGAAGUCCGGUGUCAAAGUCCUGGUCCUUCCUCUCCACCAGACAUCAGCAACCUCUUCCUCUAGAGCAGCAGAUGGUCACUGUGGAUGGCACCCCAGGCCCUCCUGGGGCUCCAGUCCCCCAACCAAAGCCUGCCGGCCUCCCCCAACACCACCGCCUGCGACAGUGCCCCUGAGGCCUGGGACCUGCUGCACAGGGUGCUGCCCACCUGCAUCAUCACCAUCUUCUCCCUGGGCCUCCUGGGGAACCUUCUAGUCCUGUCCGUCCUCCUGCUGCCCCGGCAGCGACUGACCGUGGCGGAAAUCUACCUUGCCAACCUGGCGGCCUCUGACCUGGCGUUUGUCUUGGGCCUGCCCUUCUGGGCGGAGAACGUCCGGAACGAGUUCCGCUGGCCCUUCGGAGUCCUGCUGUGCCGCAUGGUCAACGGGGUCAUCAAGGCCCACCUGUUCAUCAGCAUCUUCCUGGUGGUGGCCAUCAGCCGGGACCGCUACCGGGCGCUGGUGCAGCCCAUGGCCAGCUGGAGGCGGCGGCGCUGGCAGGCCCACGGCACCUGUGUGCUCGUCUGGGCGCUGGGGGGCCUCCUGAGCACGCCCACCUUCCUGCUGCGGACCGUCAAAGACAUCCCAGAGCUGAACAUCUCCGCCUGCUUCCUGCUGUUCCCCCACGAGGCCUGGCACUUCGCCAGGAUGGUGGAGUUGAACGUGCUGGGCUUCCUCCUCCCGCUGGCCGCCAUCCUCUUCUUCAACUUCCACAUCCUGGUCUCCCUGCGGGGGCGCCAGACAGUCAGCAGGAGCCGGUGUGGGGGCCCCAAAGACGGCAAGACCACGGCGCUGAUCCUGACGCUCGUGGCUGCCUUCCUGGUCUGCUGGGCCCCCUUCCACUUCUUUGCCUUCCUGGAAUUCCUGUUCCAGGUCGGGGCCAUCCAGGGCUGCUUCUGGGAGGAGUUCAUCGACCUGGGCCUGCAGCUGGCCAACCUCCUGGCCUUCGUCAACAGCUGCCUGAAUCCAGCCAUCUACGUCUUGCGGGGGCGGCUCUUCAGGGCCAAAGUCUGGGAGCUUUAUCAACGAUGCACCCCGAGGAGCCUCGUCGCACGGUCCUCAUCCCGUGGGAAAGAAGUUCUCCAAGGCUUCUGGCGGAGUUAAGACGGCAGCGAACAGAAACGCGGCUUCCGUAUCGAUUAUUUCCAGCGUCAUGAAGACUGUUGUGGUAGGUCCAACAACGAGCCCCAAACGCCGUUCCUAGACCCUGGAGUGUUACUUUAUGGGGUAACAGAGACUGGAGAUGCGACGAAGACCAGGAUCUCCUGGGGGGAGAUGGUCCUGGACUAUCCAGGUGACCCAACACAAUCUCAAGGGGCCUCAUGAGAAAGACAGAGGGUCAGAGUCAGAGGAGAUGUGGGGACAGAGGUCAGAGCCACGAAGGCAGGGGCCAUGAGCCAAGAUCACAGGUGCCCUUAGAGGCUGGGAAAGCCAAGAAGGCAGAUUCCCGGGAGCCUCCAGAAGAAACAGGCCCGGCCCACACUUGGCCUUCAGAACCGUCACAGAAUAAAGUCGAGGUGUUGUAAGCCACCGAGUUUGA